GAAAAACAGAUUUUUCCUGACAAUAUACCAAGGAACAAGACCAACCAGUAAAGGAUUUUAACACAAAUUCCUUCUCGUCUUUUUCAAAUGGUGUUCAUGCAAUUUUGUAAACAAAAUCAUGCUGCUUACAAACUACCAGCAUAAAGCAGAUUUCAGAAAUUUACUUCAUUAAAAAUUCUGGCAAGUUAAGAUUUUCACAACUGAAGGCUGGAAAUAUUAGGAAAAUAAAGUUUAUAUGCUUUAGAGCUCUGGUAAUAAAAAUAAUGGAGACAAAGUAAUGUAAUGGUUGUGUUUAUCCAGAGGUAGUAGAACAAAUUCGAGUAGAGUCAUGUAAUAUUUCGUGAAAAGGAUCUAGUAGUGAAGAGAAGACAAAUAGUGUUUCAAAAUGCUCACCUGUAUAGCAAGCAUAAAAGACAUUUGGAAAAUAUUAACGUUCUUCCUUGCCAUGCUUGUCUUCAUCCACGCUGUUGAUAUCAGGGGAUCAAAAAGUAAAUCACUCGCGUUGGCACAAAAGCUCCGUCUUCUUCCACAUGGAAGGGCGGCAAAGGCGCCGUCAUUGGCUACAGCAUUUCAGAUCUUAAAGCCAGAAAACAUACUCCAAGCCAAAUGGGACGAAAGUUUACGCAGAUCGUAUCCAAUUUACCCGAAUGUGAUCCCAAAACAGACCCAGAGGCAAUUGCCUAAUAGACAAGAUUAUAACAAGCGUAAAGCAAUCAUCACAAACAGGCCUGUCGGUGCAUCGAAUAAAAACUUGAUUAAAUACAAUAUGCUACAUCGACAGGUUAUUCCAAAGCAGCCAAUGCUUAGUAAGAGGCUUCUAGCCACUGCCAAAGGACUGACCAAUCGAAACAUGCCAUGGCAAGUAGGAAACCCUGUGGAGGAUCUCGAUACAAAGCGGCAAAAAUUGUGGUAUCCAGGCGACCAGUUAAGUAGGCAAUUAUCACAAAUGCAGGAUGGAAUACAAACCGCAUUUCCCAUGACAGACAGGCGUUUGUCUGUAACUGAAAUGAAGGUAGGACCUAGUCAAACUCUAACCUCGAAUCAGAUUUAUAAUAAAUUGAACCCAAGGCAUUUCCAAUCGAGGCUAGCACCUCCGCAGCGAAUCGUUCAUUUGCGACAGCAGCAAGCGAGAAUACAAGCAGAAAAAUCUGCACCAAAGGAUCCGAAAGGAUAUCUAAACACAGUUUCCUUGCUACUGCACCAAGAUGGAGUAAACGAGGAUUUCAAUUUGGGAGGAACGACGUUGAAUUCCCCAUACGCUAUGGCCUCAUACAUGUAUAGAAACCCAAACAGCCGAAUAACGAAACAAGGAGAUUAUUUUGGGCCGAUUAUCCCUGAAAAGCCAAGACAAGAGCAAGGUUAUGGCAGAAGUAGACUACCGAAGAAAAAACCAAAGCUUGUCUCUUUUAAAUCUAGAGGACGUUCCAAACAGUCUUACAUUGAAAAAGGCCCAUACGAUGCAAACAGGGCUGGUGUCAAUGUAAAUGAAAAAGUGCCUGAAAAGGCUCUGUUUGACACAGGAAAAUUUCCUGGAAAUAAUGAUAAUGGGGAAGGCAUCAUCAAUCCAUCGAAAUCGGAGCCUUAUGAUAAAUUUGCAGGUACGAGUUUGCAGAAUACUGGCGAAAAUACGGGAAAAAGAUUCACAAGCAACAGUUUAGAGCAAGCGGAUACCGAGAAUUCUAAAGUCGAGGCUGCAGCAAAAAGCGCGGCAGAUCCAAGAUGGGAGAAAUGGCAACAGGAAAAGAAUGAUAGAUGGGCACAGUAUCAGCAACAAAAAGAAGAAAGGUGGAAAAACCUUACUGCAGGAGGGAACGAGAAUUCCCAAGUCAUGAACCAAAACCAUUACGCUACGACACAGCAAGGUGACAGCAAACAGAGGUAUGAUAUAAGCGAAGGAAAUGACAACAGAAGUGAAAACCAAGCUAGAGACGCAAAUAACUACGACUAUCACUACUUCACAUCGACUCAAAGUGAACCUAAAGGAAAGUAUGAUUAUAAGGCAGACGCAAAGCCUGAGAAAGCUGGGUUAGAUCCAAAUACAGAGGAAAUAUCACCGAACGGGGCAACAAUUGGAAAUAUAAAUGUUUCUCUUGAGAAAGGAAAGCCAACAGAUGCGAGUCGAGAUAUAAAAGUUGGGGGACAGUCUAAAAUUGUUAAUUUAGAGGUUGUUGACAAGGGUGAGGAUCAGUUACCGCCAAAAGAGACAAAAAAGCCGGAGCCUGAAAAAGGCGGGGUUCCGGAAAAAGGUCAACCGGAGAAAGGUGGUGUUCCUGAAAAGGGAGAGCCAGAAAAGGGUAGUCCUCUUGAAAAAGAGCCAGAUAAAAAUAUACCUGAAAAAGGGGGAAUGAUAGAUAAAGGGGAGCCUGAUAAGGAAGGCAUACCCGAAAAGGGAGAGCCAGCAAAAGGGGGUAGGCUAGAGAAGGGAGAGCCAGAGAAAGGAGGAGCAUUAGAAAAGGGGGAACCGGCAAAAGGGGGUAUUCCUGAAAAAGUAGGCCCACUGGAGAAAGGAUGUCAGACAGAAAAAGGUGGCACUCUUGAAAAGGGACAGCCAGAAAAGGAAUGCGAGCCAGUUGAAGUGAAUAAACAAGAAAAGGAGAAGCCCGAUGAUGGUUGUAAAGGGGGACUAAUGGGAAAGCCCCCGCCGGAAGAAAAACCAGGGAACACAGAUUGCACAAACAAACCAGAAGAAAAAGAACCAGUAAAAGAGACGAAACCUGAUACAAUAGAAGGACUUGUUGAGCAAUCGCUUUUGGAUAGAAUGGAGAAGAAACUUGCAAGUGUGCUGUCAAUUAUGGAAUACUCGGGAGGCAUACAUACCGUUGAAAUCAUGUCUUCCGGCUGUGACGACCCCCCUGCAAAUAGAGAAGAUUGCAGCAAAGCUCUAGGAACAAUCGUAGUCGACGGGUCGUUAGUUAGUGAAGACAAAUUUGGGUUUAAUAUUGUUGUAAUGGACUAUCCAGCUUUUAAAGUCAAGAUGGUGAAGAGUUACGAUACAAACAUGGACAGUGCUAAAUCACAGAAACUCUCUUCAUUUCUGAUGGGCCUUAAAGGGACAAACAUUAUACUGGUUGCCACCAAAGGAGACGUGGCUGGUGCUGUGGAACAGGAAGUUUGGGACACAUUGACAUUAUUUGGCGCUAGACCACCGUUUGAGAAAGGUCGUCGUGCUUCAUUUGCUUUUAUUGGUUGCCGUGGUGAAUGUCAGUUGCCAUGGCUACAGCAGGUGCAAAGACCCGCAGGAAAAGGGCCUAGUACAAUUCAGCUAAUUGUUGGGGUCAACAAAGAAUACGUUGCAUUCGGAGGCGGUGGCUCUGUUGUUUUUGAAGCCAUUAAACCUGACGGCAAAGGUGCAUCAAUGAAUGAGGGAUACAAUGCUGGCAUACCAUCAAGUUUGACUCCUGACCAAGCAUUGGCCGAGAAAAUGACAAAAGAAGUGCCUCAUAAGCCACACGAAAUGUUCAGUAGCCAAGAAAUCAUACCAGAUAUCAGCAGUUCAAAGGGACAGGCAGUUGCUGCUUCGUACCUGAACCGCCAGGAAUCAGGAGAAAUAGGCCUUGGUAGGGAGGUGCCCAUGCAAGCAGUGGAUAAAUCAUCCCCUUACGGAAGAGGCCUUCACUAUGCAAUGGACUCUGACCGCCAAAACGCAACAGGUAACGGAGGCACUGCACAAGCAACGAGGAUUCAGAAUGGUGGCGAUGAUAACAUGGUAAUGAGCAAAGGAAAAUACAACAACGAGGUAAAAUUCACGCAAUACGACGCGCCUGAUCCAGAGAGUCACAGCGCUGAAGCAAUACCAGCAGAGGCAGAAGCAGACAAUGAGCCAUUGCCAGUCGAGUCGAUGAUAAUGCCAAAUCAAGUUCAACCAGUGCAGUCGGCGUUGUUUGCAGAGAAGCCUGAUACACACAAGGAGGGAGAAGCGAUUAGACAAUCAGGCGCGUGGCAACUAGGUGAUAUGAGCGCAAAUAGAGUAGCGGAUAAAGGAAGCAGCCAUAGCAAGUAUGCCAAAGACGGUAGUUAUCAACAGAGUGAGACGUAUUCAGCAGAAAACAGCAAGACAGCUCUUGAUAGGAACAAACAGCAGUCGAUGCAGUUUCACCAUCAUGAUGAUACUGAUAACGUAAGAGGGCAUGAAAGACUACAGGCGGACUCAGGGAAGAAUGGAGGAGACUUUCAUGGAAAGCAGCCUUUGUCAGAUGAUAGACCUUCUCCCGCCAACAAUGCGAAUCCCAUCCACCACAAUAACUUUCAGGCGGUUGAAAAAGGUCGCCAGUUUGAAACUGGUUCGUCCAGCGCAAAAUAUCCCAAUGAAGAUUCAGGAAGAGAAAUGAUGCAUUCAGAAAACAGCAAAUUGAUGGAUGAAAAUAAGCAACAAAUGCAUGGCGAUAAGGAAGAAUCUGAUGUUGGUGCUCAAGGGGUCAGUGAUCAAAAGUUUGGGGACCAUAGUUUAGGUGGCCAGAAAUCUAGUUCCCCAGGGAUUGAAAGCCAUGGAUUUGAUAGCCAAAGAGCACCGCAAAGAGUGAAUGGGAUGGAACACAACAUGGGCUUACCUGGAAAAGAACAACAGGGAAAUUAUGAUAAUAAAAACAAUGGAUUUUCAAAGCCACCUAAUCUUGCUUCAAAACAGCAAACGGAUUCUGUGUCUCCUAAGCAAGAGCAGGCAAAAGAAAGAGAUCCUUGUAAACAUUGUGAUAUCAAACCAGAGGUGGAAUUUAAACUUGAAGCGUCAGACAUGGAAACAGGUCCUUCUAAAUGCAAAGGAUGUGGAAAGAACCCAGAGCUAAAACCAGAAGUAGAGAACCUAGGGAUGAAUGUGUCCGUGAGUAAUAAGAUAGUAUCACCAAUGACUGUUGUAACCAAUGCAGAGGAUCUCAAAGGGCCUGUGCCCAUCCCUUUACAAACAAAACAGAAUUUGCAUCCAAGUCAAGGUGAUUCACCUGGUAGCCAAAGAGGAAGUGAAAACCUGGGAUUUAAAACUCAGAAAAAAGUUGACAACAUUCAAGAACUCAAAAACAAUCAUUUUGACCAAAACAGAGCAGAGGAAGAGCAUAAAAAUCAUGCAAACCAAGAGAGUACCCAUCAACACAACAAUCAAGAACUCUGCAAACAUUGUGAUGUCAAACCAGAGGUGGAAUUUAAGCUUGAAUCAUCAGACAUGAAAACAGGUCCUUCUAAAUGCAAAGGAUGCGGUAAAAAGCCAGAGCUAAAGCCAGAAGUAGAGAACCUAGGAAUGAAUGUGUCCGUCACCAAUAAGAUAGUGUCGCCCAUGAAAGUUAGCACAAAGGCUGAUGACACCAUGAAAUUUAGCACAAAGACUGAAGAGCCUAUGCCAAUGUCUUUGCAAACAAAACAAACUCUUCAUAAAGGCUACGAUGAUUCUUCUGCUAGUCAAAGCAAAAUUGAGCAAUUAGCAGUGAAAGACAAUCAGAACAAAUAUUCAGGAAGCACAAAAUAUUUAGGCGCAUCACCAAAUAGAUUGCUUGAUGGAGACCAAACUCGUCAUAUUGCUCUUCACGAUACACCUGAUGACCAGAAGUUUAUGAAAUUCACUGGUGACAAGGAACAAGAGUUUGGAAACCAAAAACAUUAUGCCGAACGCCCAGAAAAUGAAGUCAAUAAGCUUGCAACACAAAGUGAGACGCGUCCAUCAUCUUCACAUCUAGAUAUAUCACCAAAGCAGAGUACCGUUUCACAUUUUACAGAGCAAAAGGACAAUUCCAAAGAAACAACACAACACAAAGAAACAGGAAAUCAAGGAUCAAACAAGGGUAUGCCUGCUGAAAAUGCGCCCAUCACAAGUCCCUCCCAAAACCAUGUUUCUACUACGUCUGCAAAAGACAAUAACCAAAGUCACGAGACUCAAAAAUUGUUGCCAGUGAACAAACCCCAGAAUGUAAAAAGUCCUGGCAAUACAGGUCAUAUAGCAUCGUUCCUGGAAAAUGAUACAGUUCCUGGAAAACAUCAGUUAAAGAACGCUCCUUCAAGAGAUCCAAGCACAGAAGAACAACAUCAUGCCAUUUCUAGCAAAGAAGGAUUUGUAGAAGAUCAAAAAUCGUCCAAUAUUUCUACGUUAGUGGAAAUCAUCAGCAAAGGAAUGAAAGCUUUAAGAGAGAGUAACAUUGACCUUGGCGAUGAGAAGAAGCUUUCUGGACAUUUAAAUAAAGAUGAAGAUAUGAACCGGAAGAAGGAAGAAGAUAGUGAUGACAAGAGCAAAGGGAAAACGAAGGAAAAAGACAGCAAGGGAGCUGAGAAAACCGAAGAUAAGAAGAUUAGUGCCAAGGAGAAAGGGGAUCUGGCCAGUGCCUUUCCGAUAGUUACAGAACCACAAGAGAUUGUUUCAAAAUUAGUAAAUGGGGAUAAUAAACAAUCAGAUAGCAACAAAUUCAAAGAUGAUACACACAAAAUAGAGGACAAGAUUGACUCAGGGGAAAAUAAUUUUCCACAAAAGAAUAUCGCAGAAGAGUUUGAUCAGCCCAAGAAUGGUUGGCAUGAAAAGAACUGUGACAAAACCCCGGAGCUAUGCAGAGGACUAGAUGCUGGGAUUAAAGGCGGGCCUACCAAAGAAAAUAAUGACAAAGCAGAGGAUAAUUUAGAUAAGAUUUUAGGGAAUGGGUUAUCGCAAAACGCAAAAGCCAGUCAACUAGAGAUAGAUUGUGAUUCCUUUAAUUCACUACCAGAACGCCAAAAACGGACAUUCAGUAGAGCGUUGAUCGCAAGAUACAAGAAGGAUUGUUUUCAGCAGAACCAAAAGCUUGAUCCCUUAAAUGUAGAUGACAUCAAGAAUGAAGACGGUGAUCAUAACAACCCUAUUGCGCAAAAACUGGGGCUUAAAACUGCCAGCGGAGCAAAACCCAUUGCAGGGAAUAUUGACAAGAUUAAUCUAAGCUCGGCAAAAUUAAAGAUUGCCUCUUACUUAAACCAAGAAGCCAUGUCAAAGCCUCCUUCUGAUUUCCAUCCCGGUUACACAACAAUGGCCUUUCCACAAGGGGCAGCGAUAGUUGAAAAGCGACUAGAAACGAUGCCGGAUACUAGUGAGACUUUCAUAUCCCGGACAGCUCGUCCGGACUUUUCAUCAUUGACAGCUGAGAAUUCCGGUAAGUCAUCGGAAAUGGCAUUUUACUUCAAUCAAAAGAACAAACAAAAAGGAAAGGACACACUGAUGCGAGCCCUACCGGAUAGAGGCGCUGCAAAGCCGGAUGCUAGUUCUUCAGGAAAUAGCUACGACCAAGGUGAUGUCUAUCAAAUGGCUGACAGUCUUCUUCAAAAAGAUUUUGCCAUGGCUUAUAAAGAAGCUUCAAAUGCACUGAAUGAACGAGUUGAGAAUGAGCAGCGGAGAUUAAAUAAUCAGAAAGUGUCUUUAUUAGCGAAAAGAAGAUUAAAGAAAACAAAAGUUAACAAACCAGGGACAGCUUCAAAAGCAAAAGCUUUUUCAAAAGUGAAAGGAUAGACUUUAAAUGGUCAAAGAAAGAAUUCUGGUAAAAGCAACAACUUCAUGGCAAGCAAACAAAUAAACAGCCCAAGCAAGUCUUUUUCAAGAAAAAAGUUUGAACAACAAUUCAAGUGGAGAAUUGUUGACAAAUAAGAGAAGUUUGUGUUUAAAUGUACAGGAAGAAAGUAACGUGAAAGUUCGAUCUAGUCAAUAUCGUUCAAGAAAAUAUUCUAUCAAAACAAUUCAUUGCAUAAUCAGGAGAUUUGAUUUAGAAACAAUCUGAUAUUUAUUGACAUUUAAGGUUUUAGAGUAAUAUAUUUUUGUGAACAUUGUUUUAAAUUUGGUAGCUUUUUGGCAUUUAUAGUUUUACAUUCUUAGCUUAAUCUUCCUUCGGCUCAGAAGACCCAUUUAGCAUAUAACUAUGCUUAAAAAAUACUACCAAUAAAAUAAUCGUGCUCACUUUUUAAAAUAUGUGAACUUUCAAUUUUUUGGUAGAGACUUUUGUUUCAAGGAAUAAAAGGCCCUGGCAUUUGAAAAUAAAUUUAUCUUAUUUAUCAUGUUUUUUAAAUCAAAGCAUAGUGUUAUCUCUUCUAAAAAAGAAAAUCAAACUUUGCACUAAGUAUACAAAUCCACGUUUAUAAACAAGCCGAUUGUUACACAAUGAAUGACUUAGUACAAAAAAUAUGACAUAAUCUAUAAGGGUCCUAAAAAGCAGGAUAGACUGAAAUAGGAAGUUAUUUCAUAAUUUGGAGAAAUAAAGGUGUUGUGUAUAGUGGAUGAUGUGUUUGGUGUGUAAGAAAUAUACAUACUAAUGGCCAAAAAGUCUGCAAAUUUAAUUAUGAAUAAAUUGCUAUCUAAUUAUUAUCUAUUGUAUAUAAAAUUGAAAAACUUGCUAUAUUUACGAUGUCUUAUUGUUAAAACAAAGUUGCAUGUGCAGAGAUGAGAAACAAUAUUUCAUCAAUGGCUCAUACGUUUUGACAAAAUAAAUGGAAGUAAUCAAGAAUAUCUUUACAACUAGUCAGAGCUAGGUACCAGGCGGCUUAUGGAGAGAAACUCUGAAAGAGUUGUACAGGAUAAUGUAGUUGGUCAUUUAAGUUAUAGAGAGUUUUAUUUCUUAUUCAACUUUAUCAACAACAACACUUUAAAUGUAUUGCAUGUUCUUUUUUUGUCAACCUGGUCUUGAAAAGUUUAUCAAAGUAGAAUGUGUUUUUCGUAUAGGGACCAAUUCUCUGAUCCCAGCAAUUUUUAUCUUCACAUUUGGCAAAAAUGGCUCAUAGAAUUUGAAUCUUCAUGUUGAAAUUAGCUUGUGCUGAAAAUUUCAAGUUGUUUGGGUCAUCAAGCUGCGAAUUGACCCAUUUUCAAAAUUUAACUUUUCCUAUACAUUUUCAAUGGAAUUUGUUGCUGUAGUGAAAUUUUUUCUAUAAUAAUGAUAUUAAAAGUGAUAAUAUCAGAAAACAAACUGGUCAGCACUACCGGAUUGGUAAGCGUUUAUUCACUGAAAAACUUUAAGAAAUAUCUAUCAGUCAAAUCUAAAGAAACAUCUAAAUAUUCAAAACAAAGUAACUUACUGCAGAACAGUCCAAACAACAUCAUUUUUUCAGUAUAAACUAAUUUAAAGAUGAAUAUUUCAAUUCUGAAGUCAAUUUUUGAGAAAGAUCCAUAGAUAGCGAGAUACAAAUCAAUGACGUCAACCUGCAGCAACGAAUCAUGUGUUUUUUGGUCAACAAAUGUUACCUUGAUUACCAGUUCCGAUUUUCAGAGGUCAAAACCUGCAAAUACAAUUUUCUUACUUUGGGCAUUAAAACAAAAACAAAAUUGAUUGUCCAUCACACAUGCUCCAGGAACUAAACUUCAAAUGAAAUCUUUAUAAUUUUUUUUAAAAAAGUUAGCAAAGGAGUCUUUUCCAAUACUUGGAACUUUUAUUUAGCUAUGAAAAUAUGAAAAAACAGUAAAACUUUGGUGGGCACAGUAUAGGAUAACCGGAGGGUAGUUGCGUUCGAAUCGUCAAAACGAAUCGCCUAUCGUCAGGCCUAUAUAAUUAUGUAAGCAAUUAAAGGAGAAACUCAAGGCACACAGCUGCCUUAUUCAUUGCAUUAAAAAUUACUAAUCGUAAUAAUUUUAUUAUGUAUAAUCACGAUCAUCAAGCUGUACGGGUCCAUGAUUCUGGGAUUGGCUUUGUUUAAGAUACGGGCGUCUUUCUAAUAUAAAAAAUCAUUCAUUUAUGUCGUUCUUACCUCGAUUCUUAGUCUAGAUGCCACACCAAAGCACUGGCAAUAUGACAUUUCGAUCAGAUUAGUUUCUAGAUUAGGCCUCAAAAACAUGCUGUCACGUCCAGCCUCCCUUCCAUUUUCCCGCGUAAAUAUAAUUCUGAGCAUAGCUUUCAGAGGUGACCGGGUUGGCUUUCAGAGCGUUAAAAUUUCAUGUCGUUACCAAGAUAAAAUUAACUAAGCUUGAGAAUUAUCUUGGCUUGGAUAAUUGCUAGAAUAUUUUGUCAGGAUGAUGAAUAAGGCAAACUAUAUCAAUCUUUCUUUUUAUUAUCAUAAAACCUAACAAAAAAUGUCUACGUAAGUGG